GUCCAAGCACACGGUGACUAUAUCCCAAAUCCCGAUUCUCAAAGAAACAAAACCUGAACAAAAGCCCGCUUGAUCUGCAACUUUCUUCUCAGUUGGAAGAAUACAACAGCCUCUACCAUCUCCGCUAUUCCGAAGCCAAGUGGAUUGUGGUGUUGUGGUCACUCGAAAUCGGGAUCAUCAAGAUUUACAUGGUUUGUGUAAUGUGAUAGUCCUGAAUACAUAUAUCGAAGACCCCCAGUGGUCAGGAUUGAUAUUCGGGGUUUAUAUACUGAACUAUCACUCUGUAACUUUCCAUGCUAUUGAAGACAAUGCAAUAGGUAAGUGCUAAUAUUACCGUGCCGAGAUUCGAUACCGAGAACGAUAGCGAAGGAAUGCCUGAGAAACUCGAUAUAAUUAUUGUUGGAGCCGGCCUUGGUGGCCUCGCCGCUGCUGUCGCCCUCUGCCAGGACAAUCACCGUGUUACCGUCUUGGAGGCAUCGCAAGCUAUGGGAGAAAUAGGAGCCGGAAUCCAAGUAACGCCAAACUUCACGCGCAUUUUGCACCGGUGGGGGCUUGGCGAAGCCCUCGCCAAAGCUGGAGUCCUCCCUGAAUGGGUAACUCAACGGCGAUGGGAGAACGGCAAGUGUCUCACCAGAUUCGCACUGAAUGCAAACGACCGCAUGGAGCAGGAGUUUGGUUAUCAGUACUACUUGAUUCAUCGGAAGGAUCUGCAUCGCAUACUACUCGAGAAAGCCGUGGAAUUGGGGGCUGUUGUCAAAACCGCAAUUUCAGUACAACAGCGUGUGAUUUUGAGAGAUGGGGCCAGUCUCGCUGCGCACUUGAUAAUUGCCGCAGAUGGAAUUAAGAGCGUUUUAAACCGAUUUGUCACUGGCGCCGACUUGAAGCCGCAGCCAACUGGUGAUGCUGCGUACCGCGCACUCCUGACAAGGGAGCAAAUGCAAGACCCUGAACUGGCAUCGCUUCGGCUGGAACAAGGGCCUACAGUCUGGCUUGGUCCAAAGAGUCACGUCGUUGGCUAUUACGUAGAUGGUGGUCGCCUCUAUAAUAUGGUGAUUCUCGUGCCUCAGGAAGAGGCUGAUGAAGAAAACUGGAAAUUACAAGGAGAUGUGAAUAAGCUCCGGAUAUUUUUCAAAGGAUGGGAUACCCGGCUACAGAAGAUGAUCGGCAUGAUAGGAAGUUCUUACAUUUGGAAUUUGUAUGAUCGAGAAGCACUCGACCGAUGGCUCCAUCCCUUGGGCAACCUGGUGCUUCUGGGUGAUGCUGCUCAUCCAAUGCUACCUUAUGUCGCUCAAGGGGCGGCAAGUGCCAUUGAGGAUGCUGCUUCUCUAGCUGAAUGUCUGAAAUCUGUACCUGCUGUACAUUCAUUGCGGAUUUCCUUGACAGUAUAUGAAUCUCUAAGAAAGCCCCGGGCGUAUUCUAUGAGAGACGCAGGACGGAAAAACCAAGUGUAUUUCCAUCUUCCUGACGGACCGGAGCAAGAGAAACGGGAUUCUGAGUUAGAGUCUGGCGACGAGAGCAAGAAGACCCCAAAUCAACUUAAUGACGAGAAGAUUUUAGAUAUGAUGUAUGCCUACGAUGUAAUAGAGGAGACUCGAAAGGCGCUUUCAUUCUAA